AUGGCUUCAGCACCAGCCACCGCCGACUUCAGGCCCGCACUGGUCAUCGUCGACGUGCAGGAGGAUUUCUGCCCUCCUACCGGCGCGCUGGCUGUACAGGACGGCCGUGCCAUCGUGCCCACCGUCAACCGGCUGCUGCGCCUGCCCUUCGCCGUGCGAGUCGCGACCAAGGACUGGCACCCGCGCGACCACGUCUCAUUCGCCUCGAACCACGCGGCACCCGACAACGUGCCCUUCGUCACCACCGUAACCAUCGCCAACCCGCACAACGCCGAUGAGACCCAGACCACGCGCUUGUGGCCGGUCCACUGCGUACAGGGCACGCCGGGUGCCGAACUAAUCCCAGAGCUCGACCAGAGCCGCGUCACGGACGUGGUCGAGAAGGGCCAGGAUCGCCGCGUCGAGAUGUACUCGGCCUUCGCUGACCCGUUCCGCCGCCCGCACGUCGCCCGCAGCGGGCUCGCCCAUCUGCUCCGCGCUGCCAAAGUGUCGGACGUGUUUGUCGUUGGCCUGGCCAUGGACUAUUGCGUCAAGUUCACCGCCCUGGACGCAGUCGCCGAGGGCUUCCGGACCGUGGUCGUAAGCGAGGGGACCAAGGCUGUGGAACCGGCGCGGUGGCCCGACGUGCAGGAGGAGAUGGAGGCGGCCGGGGUGGGCUUCGUGAGCGUGGACGGAGACGAGGUCAAGAGAGUGGAGCAGCUCUUGUAG